AUGUUUCAGCGUUCUCCACUGAGUGAAUAUCUAUAUUUGCCUUGGCUGGGAGCAACUCUGAGAGGUAUCUUUUUGCGCCAGGCGCCCACAGCUGGAGCUUUACUGUACACUGUGGCCGUUAUAAACGGAAAUGUUAACCCACUCUUUGUAACAGCGUUCUCUUUACUAUUUAUGCUUGAAGCUCUACUUUGGUUAGAAAUAGCACGUGUAGUGAGAAUACGCUGGGAGAGACGCGACCACUUCAUUGCACCUCAUGACUCAUACGAAGUAGAGACGCUGUGGAGCAAUGAUGAUGCUCAGAGCGUUGAAGUUAGGAACUACGUUUAU